AUGACGCUUCUCAACUCUGAAUUUGUUAUGAAGGAAUUGGGACCACUCAGUUAUUUCUUGGGAAUAGCUGUUACUCGUCAUGCAGGUGGUUUAUUUUUAUCUCAAAAGAAGUAUGCCGAAGAGAUCAUAGAACGAGCUAGCAUGUCGUCUUUUAGGCCAAGUGCCACUCCAGUUGACACCAAACCGAAGUUAAGUGCCACUUCUACCUUACCAUUUAAGGAUCCUUCACUUUAUCGCAGCCUGGCAGGUGCACUGCAAUAUCUCACUUUCACGAGAUCGGACAUUUUGUAUGUUGUGCAACAGAUUUUUCUAUUUAUGCAUAACCCGAUGGAGGUCCACAUGAAUGCUCCCAAAUGCAUUGUACGCUAUAUUAAGGGCACCCUUGAUCAUGGCUUGCGUCUUUAUCCAUCUAAACCCACCACUCUCAUUUCGUAUACGGAUGCAGAUUAG